UGCCAUCUACUAGUACCCACCCUGUCAUUCGUUUAUAAUCCGACGCUCUUUACUGCCUUUCAACAUGGAACAGAAAUAUGACUAUAGUUCAGCACGUAGCACCUUCGCCAUGAAGAUAUUUAGCGGCACCGAUGUCAACCACACAACUACCGUCAUUAUCGUGGUUCUUUGUGUCGUCGCGGGCAUGUUGACCUUGUUCGGUCUUUUUCGGUUCCUACGCCAUCGAUUGGCUCGACGUUCAACUCCCCUACCACCUGUGCAACCUAUUGCUCACCAUCGUAAGCAGCGGCUGACAGAGUUUGCUGAACGGCCCACCAUGUCGUCAACAUACUCCUUGUCCUCACGCCUUUCCCCGUCAAUUGAAUUAUCGCCCGCCGCGAGCGAUCCUUCCUUCACUUCAAAGUAUGACCAGACUUUUCAUUCGCAAUCAAGUCUGUAUCUUGCGGAUAAAAGCUACGGCCAAGCCGCGCCGCCGUCUCCAGCGAAUGACGAAGAAGUUCUACCAAUGCCAAAUCCCGCAUUUAAUCAUGCCAGGCGUUUUAGUAGCAGCUCUUUGGGCUCUGCUUCUUCCACUCCCCCCUCAGCUUCUGUUUCAUCACAUUCGCCAUCGCAGGCUACGCUUAUCCAUUCGUAUUCUCGUCAUAUUGGUCCUGCGUUAGCAGCGUCCAGCACCUCCAUCCGAAGUAGGAGUUCUGGAAGGAACACUAUCGUAGGCGCUCCGCAUGGACCCCUUAGCCAGGUCAGACUCGUACUACCUGCCCCUCUCGCUCCUUCUCUACAUCCAUAUCUUUCUGGUUCAGACGCAAGUAGAUUAGGCGUGAAUGCUGAGACGUCAAUGCGCCCAACCAUGGUCGAUAUGUGGGCACCCCCGCUUCACAGGUCGGUGAGCUCUGAACAUAUCCGUAAGUUGCCACUAUGCUUGUUUUCCGUGAGCUUAUUGUGUGGUCAGGAUCAAAUUCGCCCGCAAUCCCUGCUACAUACCGGCACGGAUCUUCACCCUCUAGACCUCGACAGAGGACCUCCUCCUGCCAUACACCGUCUUUGUCAUCUUAUUCCUCUGCGGUUGGUUCCCCUCCUGUUCCCCCAAUCCCUUCCCAGUAUAGGCAACUGAAUGGUGCAUCUGACACCAUCCAACAUCAGCAAGACCUUUCUACGAGAAGCCCCAUACUUGCACAAUCCUCUUUCGAAGGGUCAUAUACCACACAGCACGAGGACCGAGAAGAGAAUAGUCGCGAGUCCUCGACCGCAUCCCGACCGAGUAAUAGAUGACAGGUUGCUGUGGUAUUUUGACUCUGUGACGACCCUUGAUGAGUUGAUCGAUAUCAUUAUUAUUUUUUAUGU